GCCGAGGUCAGUUCCGGCGGGUGACGGUGCGGACGGGUCAGAAGCGUAGAGGCGGCGGCAAAAUGGCGGCGCCUGAGGAUCGGGAUCUAACCCAGGAGCAGACCGAGAAGCUGCUGCAGUUUCAGGAUCUGACUGGCAUAGAAUCUAUGGAUCAGUGUCGCCAUACCUUGGAACAGCAUAACUGGAACAUAGAGGCUGCUGUACAGGACAGAUUAAAUGAGCAAGAGGGUGUACCAAGUGUUUUCAACCCACCUCCAUCCCGACCCCUGCAAGUUAAUACAGCUGACCAGAGGAUCUACAGCUAUGUUGUCUCAAGACCACAAGCAAGGGGGCUGCUUGGAUGGGGUUAUUACUUGAUAAUGCUUCCAUUCCGAUUUACCUAUUGCACGAUACUUGACAUAUUUAGGUUUGCGCUUCGUUUUAUACGGCCUGACCCUCGCAGCCGGGUCACUGACCCCGUUGGGGACAUUGUUUCAUUUAUGCACUCUUUUGAAGAGAAAUAUGGGAGGGCACACCCUGUCUUCUACCAGGGAACGUACAGCCAGGCACUUAACGAUGCCAAGCGGGAACUUCGCUUUCUUUUGGUUUAUCUUCAUGGAGAUGAUCACCAGGACUCUGAUGAAUUCUGUCGCAACACACUCUGUGCACCUGAAGUUAUUUCACUAAUAAACACUAGGAUGCUCUUCUGGGCGUGCUCCACAAACAAACCUGAGGGAUACAGAGUCUCGCAGGCUUUACGAGAGAACACCUAUCCAUUCCUGGCCAUGAUUAUGCUGAAGGAUCGGAGGAUGACUGUGGUGGGACGGCUAGAAGGCCUCAUUCAACCUGAUGACCUCAUUAACCAGCUGACGUUUAUCAUGGAUGCAAACCAGACUUACCUGAUGUCAGAACGUCUAGAAAGGGAAGAACGAAACCAGACCCAGGUGCUGAGACAACAGCAGGAUGAGGCCUACUUGGCCUCUCUCAGGGCUGACCAGGAGAAAGAAAGAAGGAAACGGGAGGAGAGGGAGCGGAAGCGGCGGAAGGAGGAGGAGGUGCAACAGCAGAAGUUGGCAGAGGAGAGGCGGCGGCGGAAUUUACAGGAGGAAAAGGAAAGGAAGUUGGAGUGUCUGCCCCCGGAGCCUUCCCCUGAUGACCCUGAAAGUGUCAAGAUCAUUUUUAAAUUACCCAAUGAUUCUCGAGUAGAGAGACGAUUCCACUUUUCACAGUCUCUAACAGUAAUCCACGACUUCUUAUUCUCCUUGAAAGAAAGCCCUGAAAAGUUUCAGAUUGAAGCCAACUUUCCCCGGCGGGUGUUGCCCUGCAUCCCUUCAGAGGAGUGGCCCAACCCCCCAACGCUGCAAGAGGCAGGACUCAGCCACACAGAAGUUCUCUUUGUUCAGGACCUAACAGACGAGUGACACUUUUUCUUCCUCUCCCCUCCCACCCCAUCCCUAAAAGAAAAGGAAAAAACAAACAAACAAAAAAGCAAGAGAAAUUCAUGUUAUUAUUAUUAUAAUACAAUAUUUUUUUUAAAAGACUGCUGCAUCCUAAGGAAGGAUCAGAAACCAUGCUGCCUGCAGGAGUCACCACCUGUGUGUGUGCACGAGGUUGGCAGUGAACGUUCCCGCUGGCAGGCCCGCCAUUUCGUACUGCCUCUGCACCACGCACCUUCCGGCGAGAGGAGACUCUUCACCUCCAACCCAGCCGCUGUCCCAACCGGGGAAGGGGACAUUCCCACUAGCUCUCAUUCAUUCUUGCUUUUAUGGAAAAUAAAAGUGAAAAAACCUCCAUCAACCAGCUACUGCAGGAUCUCCUGAGGACUUGCUUCUCCUCGGGAGAAGAGAGGGAAGGGAAGGCACAGAGCGGAGAUGUUCCUUGAACUUCCCACAAUUUAUGAAUAACUUUUAAAUAUUUUCUGUUACUUUGUAAUGACCAAAGGAAUGAGGCUGACAUAGGUGUAUUUUUUUUCUUAACUUUAUUUUAUUUGAUAAAGAGCCAAUUCUUAAACCCAUGAGUUCAUACCCUGGGCUCCUUAGCCCACAAGAGUGUAAUAAAGGUGCCCUGGGCUGGUUUGUGCUUAUUUCUGCCAUUGUCCCUCUCACGUUCCCAGAGAGGUCGUUCCUUUUUGGUCCAACUCUUGCUGUCCUUUCUUGCCACCUAUGCAUCCCACUUGGAGCAGUGGCAGGAAAUCUGGGUUCAUAGCCCCACAAAGACUGUAUGUAUAGAUAUGCCCAUAUGUGCAGUGUGAACUCCACAUAUACUCAUGUGUACACACAACUGCAGCUCUUCCUUGGAAUCUGUACCAGGUGUUUAUUAGGGGUCUGAACGGAAGGAUAGCAGCUCUUCAUUCCUCUUCUGACAUGUGCAUGCUGUUCCUGCCCAGCCCUGAGCUUUCCUGAGUUGCCAAGCUUGGUGCCUUUCCACAGGAUGAGCAGGGCCUGUGGUGGAACCAGCAGAACCAGGUGAGAGUGCCCUGCCUGUCUCAGUGGGAGUGUGGUGGUGGUGGUGGUGUUUUAGGACAGAACCAGAGGCCUUGAACGGAGCCAAGACAGAACUCUUCAUCCUGUGUAAACCAUUGGAAGGCAUAUUCCAGUUUCUGAUGUAGCCACCUACUGGAGGCAGGUUUUAUCCUCCUCUCCAUUGCUGUGUUGAAGUAUAGGGUUUUUAACCUCUGGAUGUCUUGUCUGUGGUUGUUUGUGGUAAUGGGUACAUGGGUCAGGCCGUGUAUUAACAGAUGCCCGCGUGAGCUGACAAGUAUUCCAAAGUCUUCUAUAGCUAGACUGGUGCAGACUUGCCUACUCACAUUACUGUAGCUCUGAGCAUGCUGCGAGGCCAGGGGCUUCCUAUUCAAGAGCAAGCAUAACUUGCUAGAUUUGCAGUCUCCAAAGGUUUUCUGUCUUGCUUAGCUAAAACCUAAGGCCCACUCUUAGAUAGCAGUGCAUGGCUACUGUCCCCUGCAGCCCUCAGUGGUUGGGGUAAACACCAAGGGGCGGGCUGAGGAGCCUCACAGAUGGCAGCUGGAGAGCCUGAGCAUUUCCCCAUGGCCUUGGUACAGGUGUCCGGAACACCAUCUCUAGGAAAAUUUAAUUCUGCUCCUGGCUGCCUCUUCUUCUUCCGCUUGGUUUCCUGCUGUCCCAAGGCCAGGUGAGUGGGAAAUCGCAGACUGUUGCCAUAAAAUGUGUCUGGACUGAACCCCAGGCUAAACCAUGUUCUCCACUCCACCUUAUGUGAAGUCUGCUUCCUGCUGACAACCACGCAGAGAGGAAUUUUUCCAGUUAGCUCAGAUCCUCCCUCCGUGUCUGGAAUUCACAGCUGUUUUCCUGGUAGGAUACAGGAGGGUAGUAGGGCCCUGCACUAGGCUGAGUGUACUAAGUGUCUUGCCCACACCUCUUUGGGAAGUUGUACGUUUUUUUCCUUAAUAAUUCAAUCUGCAUCUUGUACAAUGUGCACCUUAUGCCUCUUGCCCUUUAAUAACUUGUUGUGUGAAGGUCAGAUGCCAGAAUAUUGAGAAAAAGUCUCCUUGUGUCGGUACAGCUCUUGGGAUGGCCUACCCAUUUACUUGAGGUUUCAAGAGGCUUCGCCUGAAGCACAUGCUGCUUCCUAGUCCAUGUUGAAACAGCUGUGCUUUACUCAGACCCCCUUCCUGUCUCCUUGCUGACCCUAGAGCUGCUGCCUAGGUGCCAUCUCCUUUCCUCCUCCGUGAAAGAUGCACGUUUUGUCACUUAAUGCCAGUACAAUCUUUCUGUUACUCCCAAGGACCUCUGGGAACUUGAUGGACCUGCAAGGGAGAAAAUACUGAGAAGCCAGUGAUCUGCAAGCAUUUGCUCUUGUUUCCAUAUCACCUCUGGGUUAUUUCAGCUGUUGUGUCCAAAUGGCAAGUCAUCUGAACGAGAACACUUGUUUCAAGUUCCGUUCCGCACUCCCGAGACUGAAGUUGUAGAUGCAGCUGAAUAACCCUGGGAAAUGACCAAGCAAAGACACCCUGUUGGAGUCAGUUGUGUUUCUGCAGCCUCAGUGGGGCCCUUCUGGUCUUUUCUUCUACUCUGCAGAAUUUCCUGUGACAAUUAUUUCUUUCUCCCUGCUUGCCUCCACCAUGAUGUUUGGAUAAGAGAUGGCCAGAGGAGAAUAUUUAGCUCUUAAA